UGAAAAGGUAAGCAAAACCAAUCAAAUCCUCAUGGCUUCAUUAUCAAUGGCUACCAUUUUACCCCGUCUAUCUCGUUUGGGGUUUGCGUCGAGAUUUUCUUUAAACCCAUUAUUUAUGUUCCCCAAAAGUGGAAGAAUCGAGAGAUUGAAUCGAUUGAAACCCUUUUCGAUGGCUUCGGCUCCUAAAGAAUCUCCGGCAAACAAUCCGGGACUUCACGCAACCCCCGACGAUGCCACUAAAGGUUACAUGAUGCAACAGACUAUGUUUCGGAUUAAGGAUCCUAAAGCCAGUCUUGAUUUCUAUUCUCGAGUUCUGGGCAUGUCGUUACUCAAGAGGCUGGAUUUUCCUGAAAUGAAGUUUAGCUUGUACUUCUUGGGUUAUGAGGAUGUUGCUUCUGCCCCAGACAACGCAGUUGAUAGAACGGUCUGGACUUUUGGUCGGAAGGCUACAAUUGAGUUAACACACAACUGGGGUACUGAAAGUGACCCUGAAUUUAAAGGAUAUCAUAAUGGGAACUCGGAUCCUCGUGGCUUUGGACACAUUGGUAUAACUGUUGAUGACACGUAUAAGGCGUGCGAGAGAUUUGAACGCCUAGGAGUGGAAUUUGUUAAAAAACCAGAUGACGGCAAGAUGAAAGGUAUCGCAUUUAUAAAGGAUCCUGAUGGCUACUGGAUUGAAAUCUUCGACCUCAAACUUAUCGGAAACGUGACUACUAAUGCUGCUUGAGAUCAUAUGAACAAGUUUACGGUAAGUUAAGGGCGCGUCGUCUUGCUUAAACUCCGUGCAUUUCUAGACCAAAUAGAUUUUAGGUACCAUGAUGUUGGUUUUGUUAUUAGAAGCAUGCAAAUGGAUGUGCAAGUGAACCCACAGGAGUUGGCUAGAGUAAUUUGGUAGUGUUCUUUUGAAGGGACUGUUUUUCGAUGCAGUACGAUCUCGGUCGACAUGUUUCGUUUCUGGUUUCUGGUUUCUCGGUCGGGCAAACUUUAGUCACAUUCUUGCCCUGUUGGAAAGAAUAUACUGAACUUUGAUCUAUAUGUUACAUGAACUGGUAUUUGUUCUAAAGCAAAUUCUCAGGCUUUUAUUCUCACUUUUGAUUCCAAUAAGUUCAAUAAAUU